AUGGCAGGGAAUAUUGGAGGAGUUCAAGCAAAAUGCAAAGAAAAGAAUAGUAAUAUUUUAUAUGUCCAUUGUUAUGCACACUUUUUAAACUUAUCAUUAAUUGAUUCUAUAUGCGCCAGUUCUAAAAGUAAAGGAGAAGUUAAGAAAGAUAGAACUGUAUUUAACUUUCUGGGCACUGUCCAGUUUGUUUACUCGUUUAUCAAAGGUAGUCCAAUGCGACAUGCUGUGUUUGAAAAAAUAUCAAAAGAAAAUGGUGGAUUUGUACAAACGUUAGAAUCAUGUUCAACGACCAGAUGGACAUGUCGAGCAGAAGCCAUAAGUGCUAUUAAAAAUAAUUAUUUGGUAUUACUUAGAACUUUAAAAGAAAUAAUUUCUAAUUGUUCAGUACCUGAAAUGAGAGCCAAAGGUCAAGGCCUCUUAUAUCAACUAAAAAGUUUUAACUUUAUAUUUUGCUUGAAUAUGCUGCACUCCAUUUUGCAAAUUGUAUUAAAAUUAAACUCUUUUUUACAAACGCCAAACUUGGAAUUAUGA